AUGUCAAACGACAAUCGCGAAUUAAUCGAAACAUUCUACAUUAAACAAUUUCAACUUUUAAAAAUCUUUGCCCUAUGGCAAUUACCGGAGGAUAGUCCGACCUAUCAACGCUUGGCAUAUCUUGGCUAUUUUUGGUUUUAUUUAAUUUUUUGGAUGCUACUAUUCGAUUGUGGCAUGAUAAUUCAGAUUGCCACCCAUCUGGGAGAUGUGAAUGAAGUCAUUAAAGUCCUCAUCAUUUUUGCCACCGCUGUUGCGAUGUUGGGGAAAUAUUUCUACCUGAAGGUGUACAAUAAUCGCUUCAAGGAAGUAUUUGAAAUGAUGCACCGCGAUGAGUUCUUACCACAAAAUGCAAGGGAAUGGCGAUUGUAUUGCAAAGCAGUAGAGUUGGCACGACGAGUUCGAAAUUAUUAUGGCACCCUGUCCGUCUCGGCGUUGAGUGGUUUAUUGCUGAGUCUAUUUCUGGGAGAGGAAAAAGAGCUACCAGCCUCCAUUUAUCAUCCCUUCGUAUUGGAUACAAAUUUCAAAUAUUCGUUGAUGUAUUUGUAUCAGUGCCUGUCGCUGGCCUGUGUGUGUUUCAUCAAUAUCGGGUUUGAUUCGUUGACAGCUUCGUUUCUCAUUAACAUUCGAGGUCAGUUGGAUGUAUUGGGGUUCCGAUUGGAAACUAUUGGUCUGGGUGAAUUGGAUCAACGGCGUAUUUUGGGCAAAUUGAAAGAUUGUAUUAAAUAUUAUCAGUGUAUUCUGGAAUUGACCCAUCGCAUGGAGGAAUUGGUGUGUAUACCAAUGUCGCUGCAGGUUGGUGGUUCGGUAUUUGUUCUGAUUGCGAAUUUCUAUUCAAUGUCAAUGCUUUCCGAUAACGAUGAUAUGGGUAAUUUUGUCAAGCUGCUACUCUAUCAAACCUGCAUGCUGACGCAGAUCUUCAUUCUUUGCUAUUUUGCCAAUGAAGUUUCGCUGAAAAGUUCCGAGAUAUCCUUCAAUCUCUACGAAUCGAAUUGGUAUGAUUGGGAUAAAGUAAAUCGAAAAUUGGUACUUCUUAUGAUGAUACGUUUCGAUACACCGAUACGAAUCAAGUCGGUUAAUCGCUGCUAUUCUUUUAACUUGGCAGCAUUUACAUCGAUUGUUAAUUCAUCCUACAGCUAUUUUGCCCUCUUGAAACGUAUUAAUAGUUAA